CUCACAUUCACAUUCAAACCGCGUCGAUGGCAUCAAGAAAAGAUCUGCAAACAAAGAAGGAGCUUUUGGACCUUGUCCAAAGCCUCCGAGAAGAAAACGAUGCGCUUAGGCGCGAGAAGGAGGAGAUGCGCGAAGAUUUUAUUUUAUUCAUUAAGAGCCUUGCGCAGGGCAUGGGAGUCGAUCCCGCUUGUUGGUCGGGCACACCAGCGGAGACGCCAACUACGCAGUCCCCAUGUGCCGCCAAGAUGUGCUAUGCACAUCUUCGAUCUUUGGGGCUUGUUCCGCCAACAAUCACUCUGUCGCAGCAAUUGAAAAAUUCUCCAGUAAAGGAGAGUAAGGCCAAGGAAACCCACGGAAAUCCCGUCUCGUUUAAACUUUUUAAACGUUAUCUGAGCAAUCUUCCGGACAUCGUCCAGCGUAUGCUGCGUUGCGAUAACCAAAAAGGGAAAUCGGAAAGUGAAUAUGCCAGGGAGUACUACAAAGGCUUCUACUUGUCGCAGGAAAUGCGGGAUAAGUACCCAUACAAGCUGAAGCCAUGUCCUGCCCAGAUCAGGAACAAGCUGCUCAGUUUUGCGAAGAAGGAAAAGGAGGUUGAAAGCGAAACUGACGAAGAUGUGGUGAUUGAUUAAGUAUUAAGCUUACAACACUUUUAGUUUAUACCAAAGUUUACCACGAGUGUUCACAAACCGAAAGAACUUUUUUGAUUUAAGUUAAUCUUAAUUUUAAAACUGAAGUCGAUGUAUUGCAUAAUUUAAGAAAUCUGGCGGUUAAUUUAAUGUUCUUUGGGAAAUGUAAAAUAAACUAAGUUUUCAGCUUAAGUUGAAUAUCUUUGCUUAAUAAAUUCACCAACAAAGACUUUUAUAA